AUGAUCGAUCUAUCGCCCCUCGCUGCACGGCCGCCGUUGCCACCUCCACGCCGGCCUCCACUACCUCCAAAGCCUCCUUCCCAAUCAUAUGCUUCACCCCAGCAGCAACAGAAGCAUCAACAGCGGCUGCAACAACAGCAGCGACCCUCAGACGACCACACCGACCCUUUUUAUCGGCUCAAUUUUGACUCGGAGCUGUAUGGGGAUGCAUUUCCUCGAACGCUCCACAACUUGGUCGAACUUCGGGAAGAAGAGUCCCGCGCGGCACGGGCACGGGCCGCGGCAAGGGCCGCUGCAAGGGCAAACUCGAUAGCGACCGUGCCAAGGCGUGGCCGAAGACUGCGGCGAAACCUGCUCAUGGCUUGUAUUUUACUCGGCUUCUUUUUCUCGCUGCUCGAUACGACCAUCAUCUCAACAUCCCUCUUGGCGACAUCGGAGGAUCUGAAUGGCUUUCGGGACUCCUCAUGGGUGGUGAUAGGAUAUUUAUUAACAUACAUGGGCUUCUCUAUUUUCUUCGCCAAGCUCAGCGACAUCUAUGGCCGGCGCAACAUUCUCAUUUCCUCAUGGAUCAUCUUCGUGAUCAGCUCCGUUGCAUGCGGUUGCUCCUAUGAUAUGACACAGCUUAUCGUGUGUCGCUCGUUCCAAGGCAUUGGAGGCGCCGGCCUCUACAGCCUCACCACCAUCAGUCUUCCCGAAAUUGGCCCUGCACACAAGCCUGAUGUCAUCGGAAAGAUUAUUGGUAUCACGCUCUCGCUGUCUUUUGUGCUUGGCCCCGUCCUAGGUGGCUUCAUUCCCCAGGUCUCCAGCUGGCGGGUCAUUUACUGGCUUAAUUGUGUGCUGCUCGUGAUCGCCAUGCAGGAGGCCGGAUCGCUGAUCGUUCCCUGGAAUAGCCUGUUGGUUCUCACCAGCUUGACAUCUGCGGCCAUCUGUUUUGCGCUAUUCAUGGGCUGGGAGUCCUUGCUCUCCUCGGGCCGCUACUGGGAAAUGGAGCCAAUUUUCCCUUUGCGCUUGUUGAAGAAUCGUGUCUACCUCAGCUGCCUAAUGGACAAGUUUCUGGUGGGCUACGUGUAUCUUUGCCUCGUCAUUUCCGUUCCUCAACGCUUCCAGAUUGUCAACGGCGAAAGCGUAUUCAAGACUGGCCUGCAUCUUUUGCCCAUGCUCGGCGGGACAGCGUUCGGCUGCCUGGUCACUGGUCCUCUCAACGCGAAAAAGAACCAUACCUCACCAGUGGUUGUGGUGUCGUGUGUCUUGAUGCUCAUUAGUGUCAGCCUGCUUGCUACGGUCAACUCGACAGGCUACAAAUCGGGGCCCUUGUACGCCUAUUUGGCCGUGUUUGGCAUCGGCUUCGGACUCUUCAUGUCGGCGGGCACUAUGCUGUCCACGGCGCAAGCACAGUUGGACGACCAUGCAGCCGCCCAAGGCGCCAUUUCGCAACUUCGAAUCCUUGGCGGUGUCAUCGGCUUGACGACAUUCACCAUCAUUUUCAACGCCAGGGUACAGUCGGCCAACGUUCUCGAGACACUCACGCCUAUGCAAAUGGACGUUCUGCGCCGGUCGCCGACCGCGCUCGUCGAAAUCUGGCCAGACUUAAAGCAACUGAUUGCAGGCACCUACAGCGCCGCCUUCCACGACAUGACAUCCAUCCUGGCAGGAAUUUCGGCUCUUGCCUUGCUCGUCAGCCUCGGCACGCUCGAAAAGAACCCGCCACCGAUUCAUCGCAAUUUCAACAAAGAAAAGGAGUGUUUAACGGGCCGGGGCUCCGACGAUAUUGAGCUCGACGAUGCCGCCAGUGAUCGGUCGCUUGUUGAGUAUCGUGCGCCCAUUGGAACGGACCCGGUGCCGGCGCUCUAUCCACCACCGCGAAGCCACUUUCCAAAUCGCGUUUCGCAACGUCCAACACAAACAAGACGGUGGGACUGA